AUGCCUGCCAGAACUCGUCCGGUUGAAAAGAUUGCCAAAGCCACGGCCCAAUGCUCCGCAGAGGUUGCGGCAUACGGCAAGUGUGUUGUAACGGAUUAUAACUCGGUACACAAAGAUAUGUGCGCCAAAGAGUUUAUGAGAUUGAAGAAUUGCUAUCUGGCUGCAUCCAAGAAGGGCUAA